AUAAAUACUGGCAGGACUACAUGUACAAAUUCAUUCAUUCAUUCUCUCACAGCCAUCGAUCCAUCUAAACUAGGUGGAGCAGUACAUACACAACAAAGCAAGGCAUAAUGGCCUCAGGAGUGUUUGGUACCCCCAUUUCGGAGAAGACGGUGCUAGCCACUGGAGAGUAUAAGGAACCAAUUACUCAAAAGGAUGUUGCAGACUAUACCAUGAAGAUGAUCAACGCCGGUGGUAAGGAUAUUAACGCACAAACCUUCGUCGACAACCUCAAGGAGAGGUACGGUAACGGAAUAUCUGUAAAAUGCCUCAUCUACAAUGCCACCGGUGCCACUUUGAACUUGGCUAACUACAAAGAUUGGCACGGCCAUAUCUACGAUACACCCUACCCAUCAGAUAUUCAGAAUGGGCAAUGGGGGGCAUUUCUCCACGUCCACCCAAGUGGUGCUGCGGUUGGUUCAGCUGGUGCCGUUGUGUAUCGUACCAAGGUCCCCUCCAGCAGGAGCUCCUGCGAUUGGUUGUUCUCCUGGACCGUCCCCUACAUUGGUGCCAAUGGGAUCUACACCGAAAUCCGUGAGGAAGGGCACUAUCCAAGUGUGGGAAGCUGGGAUUAUAUCUAUGAUGUGAAGCUGGAAAAUGCAGAUCUCAACUCUACUGAUAAAAACUAUGGAUAUGUUUCCAAGACUAACAUCGGUGAAGGCUCUACCAUGAACGCCCGUGGAGUUUUCCAGUUUCCCUACUAGAUCUCUUUGCGAGCAUCGAGGGGUUAUUGUGGUCUUCAAAGUCUUUUGUGGCGAGGACGUUUGGAGAUAUUAUUUUCCUUUACUGUCUUUGUGGUGCAUUUCCUAAUAUUCGGUGUUCAUGAAUAAUCAAGGAAGAAGACAAUAAAAGAGA